UUCCCCUCCAAUCGCUGCCCUGGCAGCGCAAGUCACUUGUUUCUAGCUUCGGGGAUCAACUAGGGCUAACCUGUGGGGAGAUACCAGGUACAAUGCCUAAUGUAACAGUAAAGUCGGCAAAGGCGAACUUAGAUGAUGACGAUUCCACUGCCAAAGAAAACUUGGGUACUACAUACAUAGAUGAACGACGUCUAAUAUCAUUUUCUCUUCUUACUUGCCUUUCUCGCGUGUUGCGCCAACGGAUGUCGAACAUGAUACUUUAAAGAUCGGCAUCCUGUCAUGGAAAUCGUAUUCGCUUAAAUUUACCGAACGUUUUGGCAGGGCUCCGGACAAGCCCGAGCGAGGACUCGGUAACGAGAUGAGCUACUACAAUGGCAUGAACGCGGAGGAGAUCAGUCGUCUCCCGCACGACAACCGCACCGGCGAUACGAUAACGGCCGUAGUUUUGUGUAUGUUCUUCGCGACGCUCGCUGUGGGUUUACGAUUAUACACGAGGCACUUCAUCCUGAGGGGAGUUUGGUACGAUGAUUAUUUCGCACUGGCCGGAAUGGUCGGAAUGCUCUCCAAUGGCAUAGUACAAUGCAUACACACAGGAUACGGACUCGGCGCGCAUGUCUACGACAUACAUGACGAAGAAACACUAGUUCAAUUCUUUAAAUUAUUAUACGUCAUGACAAUCACUUACAACACGAGCUUGAUGCUUAUAAAAUUCAGUUUAUUCCUCCAGUAUUACCGGCUAAUACAGGAGGUACCCCAUUACCGUAUAUUCUAUCUCGCUACUAUGGCUGUAGUUGGAGGCUGGCUUAUUGCACAAGAGUUCACUCUUAUUUUCCCGUGCUCACCCAUACAAGACUACUGGUCAUUUCGUCCCGGGCGCAAGUGUUUGGAUAGCAAUCUCAUCGGAUGGAUGAACGCUGUCGGCAACAUUGUGACCGAUUUAAUCAUCCUCGCACUUCCUAUACCAGUUGUGGCCGCUUUGAACUUGAAAAAGGGGAGGAAGUGGGCUGUUCUAGGCAUUUUCGCCCUUGGCUUCUUCACAUGCAUCGUUUCGAUAUGCCGCAUGGUAUUCUUCGCCAAGAUAUCUAAUGAUCUUUCAUACGAUCUCGUGCCAGUUGCCGCGUGGGGAGAGGCCGAGUCCGCCUCUGGACUCAUCUGUUCAGCCCUGAUCUCGUUGGGCCCACUGAUCCGCCGAUUUUCCCGUUAUUUUAACCCCGUCAAAAAGACAACAAAUACACCACCAAAAUAUUCGCAGAAGUAUUUCGGCGCUACGAACCCCUUUUCGCGCCACACCACGAAUCGAGACAGGACGAACAUUUCUAGAAAGCCCUUUGACGGUAGCGAGACGGAGCUCAACCGCAUUGACCUCGAACGAUCGCGGAAACCCGAUGGGCAAGAUGACGGAAGAUCGAUCCGAAGUACCAAAUCCGCCGAAUCGAUAACUAACCUUAAGCUGAACCUCGAGACUGGGAUAAAAACGAUCAUAAGUUCGGGGAAUCGUGAUAGCACGCAUUCCCAGUCUUUAGCCAUGGCACCUAACGGCAUUGUAGUAAAGCAAGUGUGGUCUGUUAGGAAUAGAGAGCCCGAUGAAGAAGACGAUUGAAAUAGAAUUAAUAUAAAGAUCAAAAUAAUACUGAAGCGUUUUCGCGUGCCAUCGUACCUAUCUUA